AUAACAAAGAAAUGUUGGUACCGGAUGUGGUCUCGCGUCAAGAGGACAUUGCUUGCACAAGACCUCCAGCGGCAGUAUAGGGAUACCAAGAUGAAGAUCAAGGCGCUGUCUCGUUCGAUGGACGUCCAUGGGCCCUCUCGGUCCGGGGAUGCGCCUCGCGUCUCUCACAAUCUCGACCCAGCCCUUCACCCCUUUUCGAAGCCGCGGGAAUACACGCGCGCGCUCAAUGCAGCCAAGCUCGAGAGGAUGCAUGCGAAGCCCUUUGUGGGCGCCCUGGAAGGCCACUCUGAUGGAGUCUACUGCCUCGCAAAGGAUCCGCAGAGGCUCGGCGUGAUUGCAAGCGGUGCUGGUGACGGCGAGAUCCGUCUUUGGGAUAUGCCCACGCAAACGCUCCUCACAUCCUACCCAAGAGCGCAUCAGGGCAUCGUCUCGUCUGUCGUUAUUUCGCCUCUUCAUUUCUCCCAGCAGGGCAAUGCGGUCUCGAUGGGCUCUUCGGAGGAGUCUAAUUCGAGAAUGGGAGCAAGAAGGCUGCUGAGCUGCAGCACAGACCGGACGAUCAAGCUCUGGGAUGCUGACCCGCAUUCGGAUCGACUGGGGCCAAGCUUCAUGGACGAGGAUGAGGAUGAGGAGUCGAACGAGCUAACAAGCGGCGGCGGGAUACUUGGUGGCAGCAACCCGUGGAAGGCGGACGCAGACCGUAGCGAGCCGCUGAGGGUCUGGAACACCAAGACGGCCAUCAACUCACUCUCACACCACGCCACGGAGCCCAUCUUUGCAUCGGCAUCAUCAUCGGUACAGACAUGGGACAUUACCAGAGGCGCAGCGUCUUCCUCCGCCGGUGGUGGGGCUCUACGAGAAAUGGGCUGGGGCGCAGAGAGCAUCAACGUGGUUCGCUUCAACCCGAGUGAGCAACAGGUGCUCGCAGGCGCAGGUAGCGACCGUGGUGUGGUCCUAUACGACCUGCGGAGUGGACAGCCGCUCACAAAGAUGGUCAUGAAGAUGCGCGCCAACGAUAUUUCAUGGUCGCCCAUCGAGCCAACGACGUUUGCCUUGGCCUCUGAGGAUCACAACGUAUACACGUUCGACAUGCGAAACUUGUCGGGUGCACGGCAGAUUUACAAGGACCAUGUUUCUGCCGUCAUGUCGGUUGAUUUCAGCCCCACGGGCCAGGAGCUUGUUUCGGGAUCCUACGACCGGACACUACGGAUCUGGACGUUGAAUAAGGGCAACCACUCUCGAGACGUGUACCAUGGCGCGCGUAUGCAGCGCAUCUUCAGCACACUCUUUACCCAGGAUGCCCGCUUCGUCGUCAGCGGUAGCGACGAUGGCAAUGUCAGGUUGUGGAAGGCAAGGGCAUCGGAGAAGCUCGGCAUCGGCAGCGGCAAGGAGAGGGCCGCGAGAGAGUACAGGGAGCAGCUCAUCAGCCGGUACAGAAAUACGGGCGACGUGGGCAGGAUCGAGCGGCAGAGGAGGAUGCCCAAGGCCAUCAAAAAUGCCCAGGGUCUCAAGAGGACCAUGCUCGAUGCGCAGAGGGUCAAGGAGGAGAGGAGGCGAAAGCAUACAAGGGCCGGAGAGGAAAAGCCGAAAGCCGCUCGCAAGGACGCCAUCCUCGCCAUCAAAGAGUAAUCACCCAAUCGAAGUUUCUCUACAUAACUUGUACUUUUAUUACGAAAUAUCAACAUGCCGUCCUUUCUUUACCAAAGGAAGAGCAACCAUCCACACCAUUCGUUGUUCCUGAAGCUCAGCGAUAUGUUGAGCGUGACCUUCACUGACGCAGGAAUCUAGCGCAUGGUGACGAGCUCUGAUUGCGGAGUGAGGAAGAGCGGUCAGCA